AUGAUUCAAGUGUGCCGCGAUGGCAAGGUGUGGACGGCCGCAGAUGCAAGGUCCUUGCGGGAAGAGCACAGGAUAGUGUGCGGUACUGGAUGCAUAUGCCGAGAAAACAGCAACAAAUCACCGCUCUGUCGCAUUCCGCUUCAACUGACUCCCGAGCAGGUGUAUGUUGGUCGAGUCCAUGGAUUCAUCGCGACCUCAGCAUCAUCAAUUGUUGAGGCGACAGGACCAUCAGCAUCACCUGUGGCUGUUGGCUGGUGGCAAUCCGUGUGGAGUGCAGUCGCGUCCUUUUUCCAAUCUCCACCACCCACUCAGAGCCGUCACUUGAAGAAGAGGAGGACAGACCAAGGCGACUCCGUGGACGCCGCUCCUGUUGUUGAUGCAGCGGCAAUUCCCCUGCGCCACCGUGUAUUCCUCGACCUGUGGGAAAAGGGACUCUACAUCACGUCAGGCUCCAAGUUUGGUGGUGAUUUCUUGAUCUACGAUGCGGAUCCAUUGACAACCCAUGCGAAAGCGAUUGUAUUGGUGGCCGAGUCGCCAAUUGUGGCUGCACCCGCUCUGGCAGGCUACUGUCGUCUUGCGCGGGCGGUGAAGAAGUCAUGGGUCCUUGCUUUUGCCGACGUCCAUCAAACUGUGUCGUACACGACACUGGCGCACGUCACAACCGUCUCCCGAGUUAGCUGUGAAGAGUUUGUCCAUGCCAAUCGGCAAGACCACGACAACCACACAACGUUGUCAGCUCCACUUCUCAUGGCCGUUCUCUGGUUUGCCGGAUCAACUGGCGGGUUCAUUCGCUUCAAGUUUUGCGUGUGGGACGAGCCCUCGGAAUACGUGGGGUGACUCGACUGUACCAUAUCGAGCACCGCCGCCCCGAGCUCUGAACGGCAGACUUGGAUCCGUCCAUCGUCACGGAAUCACGUGGGGAAGAGGGGCGGCCUCAUCGAUAGACGUCUACUCGAACGCUGUGCCAUAAUCGGCAGCGACCGCAACUUCGUUUCAGGGACAAAGAACACUGCAACGACCAGGGCGAUAGCGUUCACAGCCCCCACGACGGCGAUAGUGCCUUGAAACAAGACUUGAGACGUCACCAAAGGCGAACUUCGCAGAUAGUUGAUCGCAUAACCGACGGCGAGGGAUGUCGCGCUGCCAGAAAGGAUGACCACACUCACGCCUGCAACGCGGCGCCUCGCUGGGAAGAUUUCGCUUGCAAUCAAAAUGGGACAGAGCCCCAAGCCAACGUAAUGUCCUGCCGUCAUAAGGAGCACCAAGGCCGAGCCGACUUCAUUCAGCGCCAGCACCGAAUCACUAGUUGCCUUGUCCUGGCUCAUGAUAUUUUUGAGCAGGAGAAGCAGCGCCGACGUGACGAUGACGACGCCAGAGCCAAGCUUUAGACACUGCACUCGUCCUUGGGAAUCAAUGACAAAGGACGCAGCAAGGAGACCCAAAGCAGCAGCCCCCGCGAGGAAGUAGCUCACGACGACUUGAUUCCACUCGUUUAGAUUCAGGCCGAUACCAAAGAGCCCAAAUGCG